AUGAAGAAACUCCCUCUGCUCUCUGCAGCCUUCAUGCUGCUGCUGCUCCCAGAGACUCUGACUCAAGGUAAGCUGCAGAGUACUUCAGAAAUCUGUUUUAAAUACUUUUUUUUCUCGAAUUGAAAUUUUCUCCCUCCUCUUUUUUAAUCAUGUCAUUUUUGUGUCAGAGAGUAAGGUAACUCCCAUCGAUGUGGUGGUGGAGAACAGCAUACAUAAUUUGGCUCCUGUUACCUUCAGCACUCAUGUAGUUUACAGAGGAAUCCUGCUGGGAGCUCUGAGGAGACUCAUGGCCUCUAAUAGCGACUUCAAGUAAGAUCACACCAUCAAGUAUGUUUGCAUUAGUUAAAGCUGCUACGAGGAACUUUUGGUUUGUGAUAUUUUAUUGUUGGCUGGAUAAAACAGAGUGAAAACAUGCCACAAGUGACUGGAUGCUGGUUUUAGCUGUGUUCUGGUGAUAGCCAAUGGGCUGGCAAAUGUUAUUUAACUUGAAAUAUAACUGGAUGUCACUCCUGAUGUUCACUGUCUACUGUCUGUGUUGGUGCCUGUUGAUAAAAAAAUUGCAGAAUCACCAAAAUUUGUCAGGUUCGGACAAAACACUCGAAUAAUAAAUGAUGAUUUAUUUUAUUUCAGAAUCAAACCCCUUAUAUAUUUCCAUUUCCACACACUGUAUUGUAGCUAUGUCUGAUCCCUCUGAAGGAGCUCUAUGGCGUUAAACCUAAUUCACUCCAAAGCAGAGUGAAAGCGGGAAGGGACCAGGUCUGUAGACUCCCCGUUAGGGGGAGCCAGAGAGUCAUGUGAAGGCAGUGUGCACCAUAUCAGGGUGCGGCCUAUCCAGAUGACCUUUCAACUCUGCUUGCAAAUGCAUGCACCCGAGCAAAGCACAGAUGCAGGCAGGGAUGACUGAAAGCCAGGCUAUGAAAAACAAUGAUAGUAGCUGUAUCCUGUGGUAAAACUAACUUACUUUUCUCAUUUUUGUACCCACUGGAAAAACAGAUGUUCAUAGAAGUCAGUCAUGGCUCUGAAUCUUCCUUAUGUACACUUUAACAAUGUCAUCACUGUCUUCUCUAUUUGGUUAGGUUCACAUAUACAGAGGAUCCAAACUACGGCCCGUUUUUAGAGAGUGUGAACGGCGUGGCAGGAAAUAGCAAGGACCAAACAUACUGGCAGCUGCUGGUUAAGAGACCUGAUGGCGAGUUCAGACCUGAUGUUGGUGAGUCCACAGGAAAAGUUCAACCAUCCAUCUUUGAUUAAAAAGAAUGAGACACGAUUUUGACACUUUUUCUUUUGCAGGGAUUGGAUGUUACAUACCCAGCGCCAAUGAGAAAAUCAUCCUGAGAUUUUCAAAGUGGUGA